AUGAACUAUAGAAAUCUGUGCAACGUGUUCCUGUUGCUCGUGUUGUGCCACAAGGGAAAUGCGUUGCCUGCAGUGGAGACGGCAAUUGUGCCAAGUGGAGCGAAUACUAUUGAGGAGUCGGACAAGUUGCCCGACUCCAACUCGGAGCAAAUCAACGCAGCUGCCUCACAGGAGGCGGGCUUGAUUGGAGGCAAUGCUACUAACCCAUCAACGACUGCUGAAUCAGAGGCUGUAGAUCAGACACUGACAGGUGAUAAUGAAGCCAGUGCUAGUAGCAACGAACCCGUGUCCAUCUACGCUAGUGGACUCAUCACUCCAGAGGCCUUUCAGCAGUACCUUAAUCAGUACGGCGGUGCGGCUGGUCUAGCUCCUCUGGGAACCGCUUAUCCGGCUCCUAUAACUGGUCCACCUGGUCUCUAUCCUUUUCCCGGUCCCAUUGUGGUGCAAACUGGCUACGAGGGCUUCUUGGUGCCGGCUUCCACUGCUGGCAGCUCCAACUCCGAAAGUGCUGCUGAUGCGACAACAACUGUGGCCUUGACUCCCGUUGCUGCACCAUCCGCCUCGCUCACCUUGAACCCGCUAAUGGCCUUCGCAUCCAGGCUAUUGCCCACCAUCUUGAUGUCCACACUCUUCCGUAUUGCCGCCGUUGUGCUUUCCGCCGUGGGCGUAAUCCUCUUUGGAGGCGCCAUCACAAACGCUCUCUGCCGCCUCACGCCCAUCUGUGAUAUUUCCGGCAAGGCUGUCACCUAUUUUCGCACUGGGGGAGCACAGAAUGUGGGUCGCAUGCUAGCCGAAGAAAUCACCCCGGAACGUGUCCGUAGAACUGCCGAAUUUGUUCGCGGAGCCAUCGAAAAGUAUCGUCAGCUGCAGAAGCUCGUCGAUCCCGAUUCUUCUACCUAAAACCUUGCAAAUGGUCGCCAAACCUCUGCCUCCAAAAGUAUUAAAUUCUUUCGACUCAAUCCUCCUUCCUACUUCCAAUCUGCUGAACAACGUGAUUACUUUUGUAUGUUAGUUGUAAUUAUAAUAAUUGCCUGUAACGAAAUACAAAUAUACUUU